AUGGGCUCCCGAUUAGAGACCAACUCGACCCUCGUACGCAAGCGCAUCGAGAGCCAUACCUUCAGCGACGAGCAGGGCGAAGAAUAUGAGGGCUCCAAGUUCGGCGGGUUCGCCGACUACAUGCGCAGGAAGAAGAUCAAACUGCAGAACCUUGACGCCGAGAUACGCGCGACUGCUGGAGACAAACCUCCCAUCUUCCGCGGCGUGGUGGUGCACGUUAAUGGCUAUACGCAACCGUCUCUGAGCGACCUUCAUACCCUGGUGGUCAGCCACGGCGGCGGGUUUCUUCAAUAUCUCGAUGGAAAAACAGCAGUGACCCACGUCGUCGCCAGCAAUCUCACUCCGAAGAAAGCGGUGGAAUUCGCGCGGUAUCGCAUUGUGAAGCCUGGUUGGAUUGUCGACAGUGUCAAGGCUGGGAAGUUGUUACCCUGGGACGCAUACCGACUGGUCGAUGAAGGUGUCACACAGAAAAUCCUGCGCUUCGAUGGUGGACAGAUUGUGAGCCAGGCAAAUACUCAGCAGCAGAGCUACAAAGAUCAAUCCGAGAACAGUUGGUAUACCACACAAUUCCGCCAGACGUCCAGGGAAGUUCCGUCGAAUGAACCCAGCCCCAGCUUAGUUGUUCCUACAGAGCAGCAACAGGACGACAUCGAUGAAGACAGUCAGGAGGAGGAUUCCUUGGGAUUGGAUAGGCUGGAUCAAGGCACAGAUUCAGCCGGUAAAGAUGAGGACAAGGCAAGUUCUGAUGAAGCGGUUCAUGCAACCCGCCCGGCAGAGGUUGGACAGACUGAGCAACAUGCACCUCAGCCACAGUCGUCCGAAUUGUCUCGAGCUGGCAGCUCCUCUGGCAAGCCUUCCAUGCCUGAAAAGCGCCCUUUGACCGCCGAAGAGCAUAAUGCCAUCCUGCUUUCAAACCCGCAUUUGGCCAAGUCAAGCACCGCCAAUCCUGAUUUUCUAAACCAGUAUUACCGCGAAUCUCGACUACACCACCUGUCAACCUGGAAGGCCGAGUUGAAGGCUCAGAUGCAAGCACGCGCUCAGGAGAAGGUAUCGUCGCAAAAGGCUCGACAGAAACGAGCGGCCGGGACAAGACGCUAUAUAAUGCAUGUUGAUUUCGACAGCUUCUUUGCAGCCGUGUCAUUGCGAAAACAUCCUCAUCUAGUCGACAAGCCCGUGGUGAUUGCACAUGGCAGUGGACCGGGCUCCGAGAUUGCCAGCUGUAAUUAUCCCGCGCGAAAAUACGGCAUCAAGAAUGGAAUGUGGAUGAAGGCCGCCCAAGGCAUGUGUCCUGAUCUCCACGUCCUGCCGUACGACUAUAAAGCGUAUGAGGAAGCUAGCCGGCAGUUCUACGAUUGCAUCUUGGCCAUUGACGGUGCUGUACAGAGCAUCAGUAUUGAUGAGGCCCUUGUCGACAUCAGUGAACAAUGCAUCAAGGCGGGAGGAUCUGAUGGCAGAGGUGUUUCAGAGGGCUCCAUCUACCGCGAGCAAGAGUGCGCACAGGGGAUUGCACAAGCAUUGCGAACCUCGGUGAAGGAAACGACAGGUUGCGACGUCUCUGUGGGCAUUGGUGGCAAUAUUUUGUUGGCCAAAGUCGCACUGCGAAAAGCAAAACCCGCUGGACAGCAUCUGAUCAAGCCGGAGGAAGUGCUGAGCUUCAUUGGCGAGCUGACUGUGACCGAGCUGCCUGGCGUCGCCUGGAGUAUCGGCAACAAACUCGAAGAGAUUGGGAUCAAAUACGUCAAAGACAUUCGAGCGUGUACUAAAGAACGUUUGGUGAACACUUUGGGGCCAAAAACAGGGGAGAAGCUAUGGGACUAUUCUCGAGGCAUCGACCGGCAAGAAGUGGGAGAUCAAGUCGUUCGCAAAUCAGUCUCGGCUGAAGUCAACUGGGGCAUUCGUUUUGUCAACCAGCAACAAGCCGAAGAGUUUGUGCAGAGCCUUUGUGAUGAACUGUCCCGGAGGUUACUGGAACAACUUGUCAAGGGGAAGCAAUUGACCAUGAAGAUCAUGCGAAAAGCAGCCGACGCAGGACUCGAUCCUCCCAAGAGUUUGGGCCAUGGCAAGUGUGACACCUUCAACAAGAGCGUUGCUCUUGGUGUCGCCACCACUGAAGGUGCCAUUCUGGGUAAGGAAGCCAUCUCCAUUCUGCGCAGUUAUGGCUUUCCUCCGGGGGAGCUACGUGGUUUAGGUGUGCAAAUGCAGAAAUUAGAGCCUUUGAAACCGUCGGCCUCGGGCAGUUCGACGCUUCUCGACAGCAGCCAACGCCGACUGCAGUUCAAGAAGCCCUUGCCAUCAACGACACAAACCCCUGUACAGCCUCAGUCACGUGCCACAACUCCCCCAAAGGCUUCUACACCAAGGAUCAAGAACGUGGUCGAUCCGAUUGAGGAGAUUCCCACGCCAGAGAAGCCCAAAGUGGACAACACGAUCCCCAGCGCUCUUGACGCGCCGCGUGGGCAAAAUGGGGCUGUUGUGCCCGAUAGGGUCGGAGACAUACCCCUGAACAUCAGUGGGACGCAGUUCAUCGUUCCGUCGCAGAUUGACCCAACUGUUCUUGCUGAAUUGCCCGCCGACAUUCGCGCCAAGCUUGAGCCCAAGCAGAGAACCAUCCUGGAUAGUAUGGCCAGUAAGGCGAGGCCAACACCACCACCAGCGGCUACCUUGUCUCGGUCCGCAUCGCCGUACCUUAGUGAUGGAGACGCGAUGUUGCCCAGUGAGAGCCAACUGGAUCCGGAAGCUCUUGCUGCGCUUCCUGCGGACGUCAGGGAGGAGGUCCUCGCUCAGUACCAAGCGCUGAAAAAGCCAGACCGUGCCCGUCAUCAAGCUCUCCUCCCCCAGUCACCUCACAAGAAUAGAACGCUGCCUCCAACAAGGAAGCCGCCCGUAACCCCCAUAAAGAGGCAAAAGACAACAUCCUUGUUUGGAAAGUCGCGGGCGAAGAGGACUGGUGAUGGGGGACCAACUCUCACACAGUCCAAUUUCGUCGCCCUUGUCAAAAAUGAUUCUGGCCCGGAUGAGUCGACAUCUCACGCAGCUGACGAGGUAUCCGAGUCAUUUCUCAGCGAGCUGCCGGAGGAGAUUCGGUUGGAAAUAUUGGCGGAACAGAAGCGCAACAGGAUGAAAAUGAAGUCCGGACUCAACUUUGAGAAUGGACGGAAAAAGGUCAAAGCAGUCGGCCAGGAUGAUGCUGAUCUACGAGGCCAGCAGCGACUGCAGCUGGCACGCACAGUAGAAAAACCUACCUUCACAUCUCAGAAGCUCAGUUCUCUGCCCGAAUUGCGAGAUGUCGUCGCUGCUUGGGUCCGAGAAUGCUCGACAGACGGAGAAGGGCCCGAUCAGGACGAUGUCAGCGCCCUUUCGGACUAUUUGAGCAGAGUGGUGUCGAUUGAGAGAGACAUGGCGAAAGCCGUCGCGGUGGUCCAUUGGCUGGGGAUAGUGAUGGAAUAUGAAAACUUCAAAUGCGACCAGGUUCGCCGUUGGUGGGAGGAGGCUUUGGAUGUUCUGAAGCGCGAUGUGCAGUCUGCCGUGAAGAAGAGAGGCCUUCCCCCGGUGGUAUUUGACUGUUAG